AUGAGAGGGCGGCAGAAGAAAGACUUCGAUCGCCGUCAUGCCGCGACCGCACUUCCACUGCUGCAACCGGGAGGUACGGUAUGGGUUCGAGACAUCAAGGAUAAGGCGUGCGUUCUCAGCCCAGCCUCCAAGCCCCGCUCGUACGUCGUGAAAACACCCAACGCGGUGCUUGUGCGUAAUAGGAUACAUUUAGUGCCCUAUUCAGACACAACGAUGAGCCAGAUCAACGAGCCAGCUUGGAGUGAACACCACGAGGAGCACGAAGAGCAGACCACGGCAACAGGCGCCACAGCAACAGCAACACCACAUGUCUCCAAAGACUUCCAGUUGUUGGUGCCUGCGAACCUCAUCUACAGUAACCAGCUUCGUGUCUGCGACCGUAGCAACUUGAAAUUCAACAAACUCCGCUACCACAUCCACCACACUGAUCGACGGCUUCUCAUCUGGAGCCCUUCAAAGAGCACCCUCAGCACCAAGAAGACCUGGUCCAUUCUUCGGUGCAUGUUAGACCCAACUAGCACGCGCACCGAGACGUCUAACGUCAUGCGGCGGCUGUUAGGAGAAUACAAGGGCUCAGAACAAGAACUACUCGAGCACCUAAAACGCACCUACACCGGCGCUGUCCAGACAUCUUCAAGCGUUAUGAGAGAAUACCAAGGACAGGAUAACUCGAGCUUGGACGCCCCCAUCACCUUCUCGGAGCUCUACGCAGCAGCACAAACCUUCAAGAAGAACACGGCUCCUGGACCCGACCAAAUCACCAACGCAAUGCUGCGCAACCUUAGUGACGUAGCCCUACAGCACUUAGUCGACUUCUUCAAUGAACAGGUCUGGCGAGCGGAUGGAAGACAACCACGAGAAUGGAAGCAGGCUGACAUCAUGCUUAUACCAAAACCGGGCAAGCCGCGCGAGCUCAACCACCUCAGGCCCAUAUCGCUCACGUCUUGCAUGGGCAAGCUCUUUGAACGAGUAAUUCUAACCCGACUCGACGCCCACAUCGAACGAAACUCACUCUUCCGCAGGCGAAUCUGUGCACAGGACGUCUUUCUUCUAUUAAGAGAUGAGGUGCUCAAUCCUCCUCCGGGCAGCAUGGACAGAAUCCUGCUAGCACUCGACGUCCAUAAGGCAUUUGAUAACAUCUCACACACUACAAUACUAGACGGACUGCGUGAUGUCGGUACCCUCAGCACGAGCCUGGAACAGAUAGACGGGUUGGUCGUUCAGGAGGCUCCGACAGACCGCAGAGUUGAAGAAAAAUUCGGCCUGAUCCGGGACUUGAACCUGGGAACGCCGCCUUUCUGGGGCAGCCGAUCCACCAUCUGA